AUGGCAAUUAUUAGCAAAGAGACAGGUAUUGGGGGACUCAAUUACAUUCAUAAUAAACUCGGCCUCGCCCACGAACAUGUGGAUUCCAAGAACAUCCUCCUCUCCUACACCACAUGCCGCGUAAAGCUAGGGGCUUUACUGGUCGAUUUGAAAGAGCCUGGAACGAGCGGCCGCAAUCCGGGAACCCUGCAGCUCGCAAGACCCCAGGACGUCAGUGAUUUGUGCAAUGAAUUUAUCCAACAGUCCGCAACAUUAAGUGCAGAGGCACUCCUGAAAGUAAGCAAGCCUAGUGUCCUACCAAGCGCUGCUAACAAAAUUAGCACGACUUUCUUCUCAAGUUCCCAGGAGUUGGCCGCAUGA